CUGGAUUAUGUUCGGUCUUAUACACUAUGUAUGAGAAGCUCGUAUUUCACUCCCGGGACACUCCCAAAUAAAACAUCACCUGCCGACCAAACAUUCCUCACUCAGCCUGAGAUCCUGGGAGUAUCGGAACAAAGAUGUACCCCCCACUCAACUAUUCCCAGGACCCCAACGUCCCCCCCGCCCCGUACUACGCGGCACCCCCUCCCACGGUGGUGACCACACAGCCGACCGUCAUCGUGGUGCCGCAGCCGGCUUAUAAAGACUACCUGGGGCUGUCCAUCAUGAAUAUGAUCUGCUGCUGUCUUCCUAUAGGCAUCGCCGCGCUCAUCUUCUCCGUACAGACACGAGACGCCGCGAAUCGCCAGGACGCCAUCAGCGCCCAAGCAAACUCCCGCACGGCCUUCACCCUGAACAUGGUGGCCCUGGGCAUCGGGAUCUGCUGCCACAUCGUGUGGAUCGCCUACGUCAUCUACAUCAGCGUGGUGCUGAGCGCCGCCGCCUCGUCUUAUUACGGAUAGCGGGCGAGGGGAAGCGGGAAAACGCAGCGAGGCGAUAAACAUGGGGUUAAGAUUGUGAAAUGUAUGUUCUUUUUUUUUUCGAGGAAGUGAAAAUAAAAUCAUUUACAUUGUUCAAA